CAUCACGACGAUCACAGAGAGGUGUUGUUUGUGUUUUAACUCAGUUUCGUGAGAGAGCUAUUGAGCCGGGAAUUCCGAAUCUGUGAAUAUCUUUCUAACUUUACUGAACUCAAAAAGUUACCUGUCCAACGCUACAUAAAGUUCCGUAAUUUCAGACAUCAUGUUUGCACUGUCGUGAGUCUAUAAUUGUACUUAUUGAUUCCUCAAAAAUACGAUCAUCGUGUAUUGCCACUGAUCUCUAAGUGUCUGUUGGCUAUUUAUUCUCUCCCCCUCAAAACAAAAUAAAAGAGUGAAACCCACUGUGAAUAAUGUUUUUUUCCCGAUUUUCGAGGCUGCAUGUGAAGGCAGCACAGCUACCUGUCUGUCGGGUCCAGCUGGUCUGAGUGAGAAUGAUUCAGAGGCGUCGAUCCGAAGUCAACUGACCGAAACCACAAAACUUCGUCUUUCAUCAACCGGGAGCUCACAGCUCUGCUUUCAUGUCGGGGCGGUCUGGAUGGAGCGGCCUCUAGACACGGACCGGUUAUGGCCACGGAGAGCAGUGUGUGGACUACCUGCGACUACAGCCACAAUGUCACCUUCUUCUACAACUGGGUGGGCAAGAAGAUCAGCGUGGUGUGGACGACGCAGGACUUCGUGGUGAUCGGGCUGGGCUUGACGGUAUGUCUCAUCGUAGUCUUGGCCAACCUGCUGGUGAUGGUGGCCAUCUCCAUGAACCACCGCUUCCACUUCCCCAUCUACUACCUGCUGGGCAACCUGGCUGCAGCAGACCUGUUCGCAGGCAUCGCCUACGUGAACCUGAUGUUGCACACCGGCCCGUGGACGCGCACGCUCUCCAAGGAGCAGUGGUACAUCCGCGGGGCUUUGAUCGACAUCAGCCUGACGGCCUCCGUGGCCAACCUGCUGGCUGUCGCCGUGGAGCGCCACCAGACCAUCAUCACCGUGCAGCUGCACAGCAAGAUGACCAAGCGGCGCGUGGUGCUGCUGAUCGUCUGCAUCUGGGCCGUGAGCAUCGUCAUGGGCCUGAUACCAUCGCUGUUUUGGAACUGCGAGUGUGAUCUGGACGACUGCUCCACCGUCGCUCCGCUCUACAGCCGCCGCUUCCUCGUCUUCUGGGCGGUUCUCAACCUGCUCACUUUCUUUGUCAUGGCAGCCAUGUACACUCGUAUAUUUGUCUACGUGCGCUACCAGACGCGGCAGGCGUCUCAACACAGCACGGAGAUGCGGCACAAGCAGACGGUUCUCAACCUGAUGAAGACGAUCUCCAUGGUUCUGGGCGCCUUUGUAAUCUGCUGGAUGCCUGGCCUCGUGAUCCUCUUACUGGACGGGCUGCUGGGUAAAGCCAGCCACGCCAACACCUUUGAGAAGUUCUGUUUGGUGAUAGCGGAAUGCAACUCUCUGAUCAAUCCCAUCAUCUACACCCUGCGAGACGCCGAGAUGCGGAGGACGUUCAAGUGGAUCUUGUGCUGCUUGUGUCGGAGAGGCGCCGACCGGCAGACGAAGCUGUCGCUUGUGGAGAUCAACUCCCCCCUUCCAGAGGAAACUCUUGGCUGUAUCCAGAAGUUGGAAGACCAGGCCGUCUGUACAGAAACAAACCAUAAAGAAGACAGUUGGACAAUGCCGGGGGUGUGAUGGCCUUCAAAAUAAACUAUCUUAACCUUUA